CGACGAAUAUGCUAGCUAAGGCUCUUUGGUGUGUCGCUGCCUUUGGGCUUUUGUUGUCUCCACUCGUGGCUGGGUUUGGGUUGUCGGUGUCUGGGAAUAAUUGGGUCGUUGAUACAUCUGGAGGACUUGUCUUCACUGUGAACUCUGCAAAUGGAGACAUCACGUCCAUACUUUUCAACAACUUACAAGCCCAGGAUCCGACAAAGUUCAGCCAGAUCUCAUCGGGCUUGGGAAGCGCUAGUUGCUCCCACGUACAGACGGGCACCGGAAACAACUUCAUCAAGAUCAGUUGCGUUACUUCUACUCUGACCCAAUACUAUGUAGCCCAAAAUGGCGUACCGGCGAUUCAUAUGGGCACCCUUACGACCGCCGAACCCACAGUGGGCGAGCUCCGCUUCAUCGCUCGUCUUCUCAAGUCAUCCCUCCCGAAUGGUAACCCCGCAUCAGACAUCCAAGGCGGAACGGCGAUUGAAGGCAGCGACGUCUUCCUCGUCAACGGACAGACUAGGUCCAAGUUCUACUCUUCGGUUCAGUUCAUCCACGAUCAGGUGCAUGGCGCUACGGGGUCGGGUAUUGGUGCGUUUAUGAUCAUUCCGGGGACAGGGUAUGAAGCUUCGUCGGGAGGGCCGUUCUUCAGAGACAUAGACAAUCAAGGGAGCGACCAACAGGAGGUUUAUUUCUAUAUGAACUCGGGGCACACUCAGACAGAAGCCGACCGUCAAGGUUUCCACGGACCUUAUGCUCUUUGGUUCACGACAGGAUCGACUCCCGGUGUAUUCGACACUUCCUUCUGGAGCACCCUCGGCGUCAGUGGCUUCGUCCCCACCUCCAGCCGCGGCUUCGUCAACGGAAAAGCCAUCGGUAUUCCCUCCGCAUUCUCUGGCCUGACGACUGUCGGAUGGGCGAACUCUGCAGCUCAGUAUUGGGCUGCGGCGGACGCUAGUACUGGGGAUUUCUCGUCUCCGGCGAUGAUAUCAGGGACGUAUACUAUGAGCUUGUAUAAGAGGGAGUUGGUCGUGGGUACUCAGAGCGUCACGGUGUCUGCGGGGACUACUAUCAAUUCGAACAUACACGAUACUUUUGCCCUCGACACGUUGACUCCGAUCUGGAGCGUCGGCGACUUCGAUGGGACUCCUACUGGGUUCUUGAAUGCGGACAUGAUCCAGACGAUUCACCCAAGCGACUCCCGUAUGCACUCCUGGGGUCCAAUCACGUAUACAGUCGGUCAACAGGCCAUCGGCUUCUUCCCCAUGACAGUCUUCCAAGCCAUCGGUCCCGUCACCGUUCGUUUCGGAUUGGCGUCCGGCCAAGGCGGGGCUCGCACACUACGGAUCGCCACUUCACUCGCAUUCGCUGGUGGAAGACCUGUGGUUACGAUUAAUGGAUUUUCGGGACCUGUGCCGCCUGCGCCGAACGAACCUGACUCGAGGGGUGUGACAAGGGGGACAUGGAGAGGAAAUAACCAAUUGUAUGAGGUUGAUAUCCCGAGUGGCGUUCUGACCACUGGUUCGACCGUGAACGUUAUGACCAUCACGGUUGCCUCUGGAUCAUCUGGUGCUGAGUUUUUGUCUCCGAAUUUCGUCGUCGAUGCUAUCGCAUUAUACUAACGAUUUUAGGUGAGAGUCUGUGGGUUUUAUCGUGGUAUGAGAUCUAUUCCGUGACAACAAAAACUUGCCAAGGAUGCUAUGUACAUAUGUACCGAGCUUUUUCUUUGCCAAAUGUUUCGCUGCAGGCAGCCUGAGCGACGCAGUGUGGCGCGCCACAAACCUAAA